AUGAGGGCCGUCCUAGCCUUCGCGACCAUCCUGGCCGCCGCCGCCGCCUCGCCGGCACUGCAACCGGAGCCGCCCGUCCACGCCCGGACGUGCAGCCGCAGCAACAAGGACAACACCCUCAACAACUGCAUCCGGCACAACAUCCAGGCCUUCAUCCCGCACGUCAAGAACGGCGGCAAGUUCGGGCUGCCGAGCCUGGAGCCCUUCCACGUGCCCGAGACGUCCUUCGACCUGCGGACCGGCCUCAUCGACUUCCACGCCGUCAUGAGGAACCUGACGGUCUACGGCUUGGGCGACGCGGUGGUGCGCGACGCGAUGGCUGACCUCGGCGACGACGCCAUGCUCAUGGACGUGGGCCUCCUCCUGCCGAAGGUGUCCUUCCGCGGCAUGCUGGAGCUCUCCGGCGGCCAGAUCCUCGAGCUGCCCUUCAAGGGCCGUGGAAUCUUCGACUUCACCUUCAGCGACAUCAACGCCACCUGGCGCGUGGUGGGCAAGAGGCAGGCCGGCGAGGAGCACCUGGAGGUGCAGAGCGUCACCCCCACGUACACGGUGGGCGGCAUGACCACGGACAUCAAGCUGCCGGACCAGGGCAUCCCGAACCUCGACCGAGUCAUCAACGCUGUCAUGAACCACUACUGGACCAUCAUGGUGGACAUGGGCAAGGCGUACGUGCAGAAGCCCAUCUCGCACCAGCUUCGGUCGGUGAUUAACACCCUCUUCCAGAACGUUCCGUACGACCAGAUGUUUCCCGCCAGCUGGCUCGCUGCUUUGCUCGCAGGCGACAUCAACGCCACCUGGCGCGUGGUGGGCAAGAGGCAGGCGGGCGAGGAGCACCUGGAGGUGCAGAGCGUCACCCCCACGUACACGGUGGGCGGCAUGACCACGGACAUCAAGCUGCCGGACCAGGGCAUCCCGAACCUCGACCGAGUCAUCAACGCUGUCAUGAACCACUACUGGACCAUCAUGGUGGACAUGGGCAAGGCGUACGUGCAGAAGCCCAUCUCGCACCAGCUUCGGUCGGUGAUUAACACCCUCUUCCAGAACGUUCCGUACGACCAGAUGUUUCCCGCCUAAGACGCGCCCCCUCCGGGCCCCGCUGACUAUCGGAACCAAUCCGAUCGGGUCGUGCUAGUGUGCCUCGCAUCUCAGUGCAAACUCUGUUUGUGUCCGAGAACUCUCAUCUUAAAAUAAUUGUUGCCCUCAAAUUUAAUACAAUUUUUUAAAU